AUGGAAAAUAUUCUUGGGGCGACUAGACGAUAUCCGCAAAAACCGGAAAAAACUAGAAUACCUCAAUGUUAUUUUGAGGAAUCUACCAUGCAUGAGAGCUACAAGUGGCCAAAAACCUUGAAAACACGCCCUAAGACCCUUGUGAACCCAAAUACACAACCAAGUCAGGUAGAAUGUCUUUUAUCCUCAAAAAGCAUGAUGGAGUUUGGGGGGACAACGUAUGAAGAAGAUUAUCUUAGACAUUCGAUUCCUCGGUCAAAAACAGCAUUUGUGCCGAGGACAAAAAUAUUGGAAGAACCUCUUUUUUUUGAAAAAACAACAACAUAUAAGGAAAUGAACCGUCCCGUAAUAAGGGCCUUUCGACGUAAUGAAGUGAAACGGGUUAUUUCUUUGAAGCCUAUUGAGAAAAAACAAAUUGUCCCUAGCUUUGGGUAUUCCUCCACGUAUCAAGACGCGUUUUCAAAGAAAACUAUCACACUCGAGACAUAUUCAACACCGGUUGCGAUUACAAAUGCGGUUCCGUUCCGGGGGAAAUCCACAAUGAGGAGCGAUUACAAGUUUAAAAUUCACCCACCGUCUGCUUUACCAACAAAGGAAAAAUUGAGAUCAGAACCUGAAAAUCGAAACUUCAAAACGACAUACCGUUCUUGUUAUAAAAGGCCACCCUAUCCACUACCUUCUCCUUUUGCAAGUUGGGUUAGGCCAUGGACAUGUAAAUGCAACUGA